CUGCCACGUCACCCACCGACUCAUCACUGCAUAAAUAGUAAAGAUGGCGGCGUCCAUCCGGGAAAAACAGACAGCUGCAUUGAAGCGAAUGCUGAACUUCAAUGCUCCUCCAUUGAAAAACACAGCAGCUGAGCCAGUAUGGAAGGUCCUUAUUUACGACCGCUUUGGCCAAGAUAUCAUCUCUCCCCUUCUAUCUGUGAAAGAGUUAAGAGACAUGGGGAUCACUCUUCACCUAUUAUUGCAUUCAGACAGAGAUCCCAUUCCAGAUGUUCCUGCCAUUUACUUUGUGAUGCCAACAGAGGAGAAUAUAGACAGGAUAUGUCAGGAUCUGCGGAACCAACUCUAUGAGUCCUACUACCUGAAUUUUAUCUCUGCAAUCUCCAGAAGCAAACUGGAGGAUAUAGCAAGUGCAGCUCUUGCAGCAAAUGCUGUGAACCUGGUGACCAAAGUUUUUGAUCAAUAUUUGAACUUUAUCACACUAGAAGAUGACAUGUUUGUCCUCUGCAAUCAAAACAAAGAACAGAUAUCCUAUCAUGCGAUAAAUAAACCAGAUAUCAUGGACACAGAGAUGGAGGGUAUAAUGGACACCAUUGUGGACGGCCUUUUCUGCUACUUUGUCACUCUUGGUGCUGUCCCAAUAAUCCGAUGUCCAAGAGGGAACGCGGCUGAAAUGGUAGCCGUGAAACUUGACAAGAAACUGAGGGAGAAUUUGCGAGAUGCUCGCAACAGCCUGUUUACCGGAGAUACCAUGGGCGCUGGCCAGUUCAGUUUCCAGAGGCCGCUAUUUGUUCUUGCUGACCGCAACCUGGAUCUUGCCACCCCACUCCAUCACACAUGGACCUACCAAGCCCUCAUUCAUGACGUCCUGGACCUCUACCUGAAUAGGGUCAGUCUGGAGGAGUCUCCAGGGUCAGAAGCUAGCCCAGCAGGGGCUCGACCAAAAAAGAAGAGUAAGAAAAGCUAUGAUCUCACUGCUGCUGACAAGUUUUGGCAAAAGCACAAAGGAAGCCCAUUUCCUGAGGUUGCAGAAUCGGUGCAGGAGGAGUUGGAUACUUACAGAGCUCAAGAAGAUGAGGUCAAGCGUCUCAAGAGCAUCAUGGGCUUAGAAGGGGAGGAUGAUGGAGCCAUUAGCAUGCUGUCGGAUAACACUGCCAAACUUACCUCAGCUGUUAGUUCCCUUCCUGAGCUCUUAGAGAAGAAGAGACUGAUUGACCUCCACACCAAUGUUGCCACAGCGGUUUUGGACCACAUCAAGUCUCGCAAGUUGGACGUUUACUUUGAGUAUGAGGAGAAACUAAUGAGCAAGUCCACUAUGGACAAAUCCCUUCUGGACAUUAUCAGUGACCCUGACGCUGGAACCCCAGAGGAUAAGAUGAGACUCUUCCUCAUCUACUACAUCACCUCCCAGCAGCCCCCUUCUGAGGGAGAUCUUGAGCAGUAUAAGAAGGCUUUGAUUGAUGCUGGCUGUGAUCUCUCCCCUUUGAACUACAUAAAGCAGUGGAAAGCUUUCACGAAGAUGGCUGCAGCACCGGCCAAUUAUGGCAACAGUGGAGUGAAACCAAUGGGUCUCUUCUCCAGGGUGAUGAACACUGGCUCACAAUUUGUUAUGGAAGGGGUGAAGAAUUUGGUCUUAAAACAACAUAAUUUGCCUGUUACCCGGAUCUUAGACAACUUGAUGGACAUGAAAUCAAAUCCGGAGACAGAUGACUACAGAUACUUUGACCCAAAGAUGCUUCGCGGUAGUGAAAGCUCAAUUCCAAGGAACAAGAACCCAUUUCAGGAGGCCAUUGUCUUUGUCGUUGGUGGGGGCAAUUAUAUAGAAUAUCAAAAUCUUGUUGACUACGCAAAGGCCAAACAGGGUAAAAGAGUGAUGUAUGGGUGCAGUGAGCUGUUCAGUGCAACACAGUUCAUGAAACAGCUCUCCCAACUGGGUCAGAAGUAGCAAGCUUUGAGAUUACGCCCAGGGCCCUUUUUCCAGCAUUCAAAUCUGCAAUCAGAACCUCUCCAUUUAUACAACAUUGUCCUUCUAACCAUGGAAUUGCUGAUAUUCAAUGUACUUUAUGUUUAGUUUACUGUUAUUUAAUGAAAUCACAUCGCUAACUAACUCUUUCAACAAUAAAGUUUAACAGUCUUACACAAAUA